CUUUCGCAGAAAACUUGUACGGUCGGUUGCAAUUUUUUCUUUUUUUUCAUUCGUUUUGUAUAAAAAAUCGGAGUCUAUCUGUUCUAAAUUCCAUCUAGACAAAAAAAACCACACGCACGUCACAUAAUGAUGAUGUGCCGUGUAAAUUUGUGAAUGUUAUGUGAACGUCCGCACAAGAUGUAAAAUGUAGUGCAAAUUACUACUUUAUUGCUUUUGUUUAUUUGAUUUUGUUGUUGUCAUCGUUUUUAAUGAAAAGAAAAUUUACAAAGAUUUAUUUAUGCCUCAAAGAAUCGUCCAAAAAAGCAAAAUAACAAUAAUCGAUUUUUAACAGUCUUUAAGUACUCACUCGUUCGUCUCCAGUUGGACAUAUCUUUCAAACAAUCACCGAGUGUAAUGAAGUGAAACCUUGUGCUGUGUGUAAUUGUGUUACUUUUGGGCGAAAUGUGUAUGGGGUGGUGAAGAAGAAGAAGAAGAAGAAGGGUCACUCUUAAAGCGGCGGUCCGUUUAAUUUUGUAUUGCCAAAAUUGAAGCCAAACACGCUGUGUGAGUGAGUGUUUUAUGCGGCUGUGACCAAUUACAUAGAUUGUACAACAACACACUGUAUUGGCAUUCAGCAAAACAACAAAAAUCGAAAGAAGCCACAACGCGAAGAAACAACAAAAACAAGAUAUUAAAGAAAUUCCAAAGAGUUGGUUCGUGAGUUCGUGUUUUAAUGACAAAUACGUUUUGCUUUUGAUUAUAGUUAAAUGUAAAGCUCUUCUACACACAAUUCAUUUAGUGGAAGUGUAAUUUAUUGUUAUUGUUGCUUCGUUAACCUACCGCAAAAUUGCUGAAAAAAGUGAAAAUUAUAUUUUUUUGCUUUAAUGUAAUAUGUCUUAAUAACAAAACAGCAACAACACCAGUGCCAAAGACAUAAAAUAACAAAACCUCGCCGUAGCCGUCGCAGUCGUCGUCAUCGUUAGCAGCGUGGUCGACAGGGAAAGGAUGAUAAAAGUCUGGACAUUAUGGGACAAUAUAAACCUGAAAUAUUCUGUUAAGGCAGUAAUCGAAAACGAUAUCGAUAAAAACAAUUGUAUGCUAAUCAUUAUUCAAAGAGUCAACAACAAAUAACAACAUCAGUUUGUCGUCGUCGUCAUCAUCGUUGUCGUCGUAUAUAUUGUUUUGUGUAUUAUUUAAAACAAAAAAAAAAAAACAAAGAAAAGUAUUGGAACAACAAUUAUUAUUUUAAUCCAAAGGAUCAAACUACAAAGAACAUAAGCCAACAAUACGAACAAUUCUACUUGUUACUGCUCUAAUCAUUCAAGAGUACAGCAUCUUUGGGAAUAUUACAAAAACUCUGUAAUCUAAAGAACUUGCUAUUCGCAUUGCAAUGUUCUGAUCCUGCCAAAAAGCAACAAAACGGCAACAAUAUUAUCUAUUAUAUAAAGCAUUAUAAACAAAAGUAUCUCAUACAUCACUCUAACAAUUUAAGGAUAUUUUCAUAUACAUCCAUACAUCUUAUAUAUAUAUAUACAACAACGUUAAACUAAAGAGAAAAAUCGUUAAAGAGUCGUCUAUACUGCAGCAUAGAAUGAGAAGAAGUUGCGUAAAAAAGACAACCGAAGUUAUUUUUAUAUAAUAUUGAGGAAAAAGAGAAGAAAUACACUUAUUAUUGUGUUUUGUUUUAUAUAAAUAUCAUAUAGAACUCUAUAUACUUCUAUAUAUUAAAACAAAAGAAAUUGUUUGUAUGCGUUAAGAAGAAUCUCUUUUCUACAUUGUCGUCCGUCAAGUUCAACGUUAUUCGUUACAAAACAACGAAUAUACAUUUUGCUAUCUUCAACAUCAUCAUCACUAUCAUCGUAUUUAUAUCUCGCAGCACCACAUUAUCUUCAAACCCAGUGUCCAUGUGUAAUUCUAUAGAUAGCUGAUUUUCGUUUUUAAAAAAACAUACAAAUUCAAAACAGAUGGCCCAUGUGGUCGGCGUCCCCAGGCGCGAUCCCUGUCGUAAAUGCCAACUGCCUGUCUUUCUGGCAGAACGUCUCCUGGUAGGCAAAAAAGUCUAUCAUCGAACAUGUCUAAAAUGUGCCCGAUGUGGAUCCCAAUUGACACCAGGAAGUUUUUAUGAAACUGAAGUGGAUGAUCAAUACUGCUGUGAGACAUGUCCCGAUGAAGAGAUCACCGCCACAAAUGUGGAUGGUGGAGGUGAUGUUGCUGCUGCAAGCAGUGUCCCACAUCCAUCGCCGCCUUCGGCUGAAAUUUCCACAGAAGUUCAAUUAAGAAGUAAAUUGGAUGGUGAUGUAUCACCCACCAUAACACGUUCGGUACGCAGUUCCAUAAGAGAUCGUUUGGCAUUUUUCGAACAAAAACAACAACAAACAACGGAAAAGCAGCGAGAGGGUUCUGCAGAGAGCGAUAGUAAACUUUUACAAAAAAGUCUAAGCGAUGAGGAAAAAUCCAAAAGUCUACAAAGAAUGGAGAAUAAUUCAUCGGCCAUGGCUACUACAUCUUAUAAAAUGAAUUCAGCUUUAAGUAAUUUUCUCAAUGACACAGUGGAUAAUGAGCCUGAGGAUCAAAAUCAGGCAGAAGAGGAUGAGGAAAGCCUGUCAUUGACAUCAUCGGCACAAAAUUCCAAAAUGGAUACUGAUUCAGAGGAAACUGAUGAUUUAACUUCGGUAUCACUGCCUCCGGAGUUACCCAAAUCUUUGCCACCCUUAGUGGUGGAACAGGAAUCAGCUGAUGAGAAGCAAAAGAAAGAGGAGAAAGAGGAAGCCAAACGUUUCACAGCCUCAGCUCAAUUGAUAUUGGGGGGAAAUUCCACCACAGAUUCCUCCCAUUUGAAGGCUGAUGAAGAAGAAAAUAUCAUACGUUCAAGAUCGCAAUCCCGCUCCCCCACCAACUCAACAGGCAGACAAACCUCGGAAUUGAAAAUUAGUCUUAGAUCCUCUUUGAAGUCCCACGAUAAAACGAAUAAUAAUACUGAGCUGGAAGAUAAUGAUGAUAAAGCAAAAACUAUAGCUGCCCAGCAAAUGGCCCCUCAACCAAACUUAACAUCCCAAAUGACGGAGACAAUACAGCAAAUAGAAUUAGAAAAUAAUUUAGCAUGUAAUGAAACUAAUGAUAAUGAUUGUGUUACCAAAGACAAAGCUAAGGUGAAUGAUUCCAUGAUGGCAAUGGAAACAGAAAUCGAGGCUGCACAGCAGUUAGAGAGCACAACUACAACCACAACAACGGCACUUGAAGAAGUGAACAGCACUAAGCCUUCUGGAGAGAAAAUUGAAACCAGUGACAAACCAAUUGGAGAAACCGAAAAUGAGGUUGAAUUACGCACAAAAUCUUUGAAGGAUAACCACAACACCCUACAUGCUUCGACACCUUGCGUGGAGGAUAAGGAGACCACCCAAAGGCUUAGUGUGGUACGUGCUCGCCUGCAACAAUUUGAAGUAAUUACAAAUAAUGAAAAAGCAAAAGAAUCAUCACCUAUAUCAGCCGCUACUAAGGCAAAGGAAAAUUUGAAUAUUUCAACUCCACCAUUAACAACACCACCAAAAACACCCAUAGCACCAAUGCCAAUUAUAACAACAACAGCACCUACAACACCCCCUAUGGAAUUAAAAGAAGAUGAGUCUUUAAGCCGCUCAAUGGAAGAUGAGCAAGUGUGUGCUACAUCUAUAACACAGAAAGAUCCAAAUGAAGAUACAACCAUGGUGCAAAUGGAUGAUGACACCAACACUGAAACUGUAACUGAAAGUCUGGAAAAGCCGCCUAAUGAGAAACCAAUACAAGAAGUGCCUUUAGUAAUGGAAACAAAAGACAAUGAACUAUUAGAAGAUAAGCACAAGUCAAUUGAAAAGGAAGAAGCGAAAGAAGAAGAGGAAGAAAAGGAAAGCGCAAAAGUUGAGCCAAAAGUCUCACCACCUUCUUCUUCACCUCUCAGAAAUAGCUCUACACCCAAUAAACCACCCUUGGAAGAAUAUCCUGAAGAUUUGAAUCCCUUCAAGUCGGACGAUGAAGAUGAGCCCAACGAAGAGAAUAAAGAAAAUGUGGUUUUACGUAAACCUCCCAUACCCAAACAACCAGCCAAGGUCAUAAGUUGUAAUCCUUUUGAUUCCUCAGAUGAUGAAAUUGAAUUGGAUAAGUCGCAAAAUUCGACUAUAUCAACUCCCAAGAUUCCACCACCCAGGCCACCACCACCACGCAUUUCUAGGAAUCCCUUUGGCAGUGAGGACGAAGAUGAGGAUCUAUCCAAAGCAUCACAAUUGCGGCGGUCUUCAUUGACAGCGUCGCAAAGUAAGCGAACACCGGUGCCCACACCCAGGACCAAUGUAUCGCAAUCCCUGAAUCCCACACCCGAGCCAACACCACGUCUCAGCACAAAGAUCAAUAGCAACGGCCUCCACAGCAAUAGCAACACCAACAUCAUCUCGUCGUCCAACACCACAUCGAAUUCAUUUGUUUUACAAAAUUCCAGUGAUUUCUAUGGCAGCGCCAAUUCAUUGCACAGCAAUCACAACAACUCUGCAUCCACAACAACAACACCUAAUAAUUUCUUGCGUAAUUCCGAUAUCAGAUCCUCCAACAAUUCCCUGAAUCUCUCGGCGGGAGGCACCAUAAGGUCGAGAAAGUCUCGUAGGGCCCCUCUGCCACCGGCUCCCGUCAAGGAACUGUUUCCCUCUUCGGAGACCUUGAAUACCAGUUCCAAAGCCUCCACACCCAGUUCCAGCACUGUGGGCACUCCCAAGUCAGGUCGCAAGAAGAGACCUGCCCCUGCUCCACCAAAGCCGGCCAGAUUGGAUCCCUCAACAGCCAUACCCCAGAUACAAGCACCCGAAUCACUAAACCUCAAUACACAGUCAAAAAACUUGCUUAGUUACCCUCUGCAGAGUGAAUUGGACUCGAAAUUAUCCGACGAAGAGAAAGCUUUGUUGGAGGGUAAAACUAAUGCGGCAGAACUUGCAGUUCUCUCCCAAGACGAGGAUAGCAGGCGUAACUCCAAGCGUCUCAUACCCCUGGACAAGGAGCUGCUGGAGGAGCAUGCCAAUGAAAGUCAAUGUGAUGACUUGAAACAUCAACAACAACAUUUACAAAAAUCCCAUCACCAUGUUCAAGAAUCCGAACCCAAUGUGGUAUAUCGCCGUCUGCUAAUACCUCACAACUUGGAUACUCCCACUCAUGAAUCGAAUCCUUUGUUGGAUGAACUCAACAACUCCUCCAUGCUGGGUGAGCGUCAACUGGAGAAGCUCAAAGAUAACAAAGAGGCCAAUAAUCGCAAUAGACAAUCUCAAAUAUCCGCCGCCUCUUCCGGUAAUGAGGACAAUGAUCCCCUCUUCAAUAAAUCCGUCCAUGGCAAAUGGAAAAGGCGCAAAGGUCCCGCUCCUGCCUUACCCAUACCCCCCAGGCGCGUAUUGCAAAUGCUACCCCUGCAAGAGAUCAAACAUGAAUUGGACAUCAUUGAGGUGCAACAACAGGGUCUGGAAAAGCAGGGUGUCAUUCUGGAGAAAAUGAUUCGUGAUCGUUGUGAAGGCGAGAAUGGUGAACCUUUAAAUGCCGCCGGUGAAAUACCACCCACCUUGGACGGUACUAGUGGAGGUGUUGGCCAUCAAUCGCCUGCUUUGGAAAACUCCAAAGAGGUGGAAAAUCUUAUACUUCAACUAUUCGAGUUGGUCAAUGAGAAGAAUGAAUUGUUCCGGCGGCAAGCUGAACUUAUGUAUCUACGCCGUCAACAUCGCUUGGAACAAGAACAAGCCGAUUUGGAAUAUGAAAUACGUGUGCUAAUGGCACAACCGGAACGCAAUAAAACUGAUUCGGAUAAGGCCAGAGAGGAAGCCUUCAUCGAACGUCUAAUUGAAGUAGUGCAAUUACGUAAUGAAGUUGUGGAAUGCUUGGAAAUGGAUCGCAUUCGAGAAGCCGAAGAAGAUCAAAGUAUAAAACAACGUUUGGAAUCACACAUAGCCAAUAAGAGGGACGAUGAACCCGAAACUAAAAAGUCCUCUACAUCGAAGCUAUCGAAAAAGGAAAAGAAAAAACAAAAAGAAUCCAAAAAAUUGGCGAAAAAUAAAAAAUUAGAUGCUGAUAAGGAUGCUGAUGAAUCCGAAUUGAGUUUGGACAAACAAAAAACCAAAAAGAAAAAGAAGCUCUUAAUCUUCUAAACAACUCAACUCAGCAGCUCAGCUCCAAAACUCUGGGUAAUUCCUUCAACUAAGUCGUUCGUUCUCUUCUCUGUAUUUUAUGUGUGAUAAAAAACAAAUUCUAAUGGCCAAUCUUGUUUAAACAAAGAAAAAUUAUAUAUUGUCAUUACUUUUAGUUGUCUUAACAGUUUUAGUGUGUGAAAAAAAACCUAGUUUUUUGUGUUUGGAUUAAUUAUUUAUUUAGAUCUUAGAGCGGCGCUCAUUAUGUCACUUGAAAUUAAAAAUUCCUGUUCUCAACACUUGUAGUAUUUUUAAUGUAGUCCUCACCACACCACUCCACCACUAAAAUUUAUAGCAUUAUAGCUUAUUUUGUUAUUUGAAAUUAAAAAUUUCUUCAAAUGUUUUUUCUUUUUUUUUUCUUAAAACAAAAGAAAUAAAAAUUAAAAGCUCCAUAAUUAUUUGCAAUACAUAUAUUUUUUUUACAUAUAAAUAUUCUAUCUAUAUUUAGUAUUUACUUUCUUAUUCAUAAGUCUAAUUUAAAUCAAAAAAAAUAUGAAAUUCAUUAAUUUUUUUAUUUUUGUUUUUCAAAAUCUCAAUAAAAAGAUUACAGUAAUUUUUCUCUAUUUGGAUUUUUUUAUAUGAAAAUGUUCUAUUUAUUUUUUUUUUGUAUAAUUCUAAGCAUUAAUGUUCCCCUCUACGAGGUCUCUGCACUGUAUGUCCUUUAGCUGUUAACGCCCUUAUAUUUGCAUUUUGGGAGCUAUAAGCGUGCAUUAUUCUCGUUUCUUAUUCUUUGUUUUGAUAUUCUAUUACUGCAUAUACAUAUGAUGAUUUCAUCGAAAUGUGUGUUUAUUUUUAUUAUUAUUGAAAAAUAUAAUAAAAUAGAAUGCUUUGCUUUGA